AUUUUUCCAUUGCCAUCAUCCGACGGGCCAAUGGUUGCCAGUCGUACUUAUUUUCAACCUGAGGGAAUGGACUUUGCUUACGGAUCGCUGCUGGGCAUGAUGGUGCUGUGCUACGUGCCGCACACGAUCAAGGCAAUCCUGUACAAGGCCAUCACCAAGCGCACUCCGAACAACGCCGACCCUCGCAACGCGCUGAACGUGGCCGACCCGGUGCUCCAGACCGAGAAGGCUGCCAUUCUGCGCCGCGCUCAGUCCUGCCACUACAACCUGCUCGAGAACUUUGCCUUCUUUGCUGCGGGCGUCAUUGCGGCCAAGGUUGCGCACGUGCCGACUGCAACCAUCAACUACUACGUCGCCAUGCACGUCCUCUUCCGUGUGGCGUACGUCCCGCUGUACCUCCUGAUCUCGACCAAUCCCGCCUCUGCGCUCCGCUCCAUCGCCUUCUUUGGCGCUGCGUACGCGAGUGCCAUGCUCAUGAUCAGUGCUGCCUAUGCUUGAAAUGAUAGGGCUGAAAGGGGAAAUUUUGAGGCCCACCGCUCAGACAAAUGAUCAUGAUCAUCAACUUGCAAGUAUUUGAGAUGGUUGUGACAAUUUUCAAUACAUCACCGCAAGAUGGAUAAAAA